GUUCAUUUAUAAUAUUUGGGUCAAUGGAUACACUACAGUUUCCAAUAUCGUGGGGGGCAAUCGUUUGUUCCGGAGAUUUUAAUUUCUUUACACAUUUAGGUUUUUCUAAACUGCCAUGGUAUUGUUUACCGUAGUGAAGCUUUGGGUAGUAUCUUGUACCCUGUCAGUUUUCAGAAACAUUAUUUUAGAUUAGCUAACUCAAAGGAAAAGCUUCAAGGGUUUUAUGUGGCAAAACCAAUUAAUUAAACUGAAAGCGCUGCCAUACUGUGGCAUAUGCUUAGUGCAAGACACCAUGAGCUGAGCGCAUGCCACUCCCCCACUCGACUGCUGUGCUGUGGGAUCUACCACCACGUGGACAAAACGAGAACUCCAGACCUCCAUCUUACAAUGGAAAGCAACAGCGAUAGCUCGUAUCAGGAAAAAGACCAGGAAAAGCUGGUCUCCCAAAAUCGUAGUGUUCUUGCAGACCUCGUCAUAUCCUCCACUAGUUCCUCAGACAGUGAGGAGCAGCCCAGCCUGGUCACAAUAAAGAAGCCAAGUUGGAGUCUGCCUCAUACUUCCACCACCAAAACCAGCACACACAAGACCAACAGCAGUAGAACUCAUUCCACGUGGACCAAAGACUUUCAAGAUCAGACAGACAACCAAAAGGUGACAAGUCAGAGCAGAAAAAUACAAGGCUCCAAACUGAUUGACCCUGGAUUGGACAACAGCAGUACAAGCUCCAACACUGACCUAGAGGGUCCCUCAGGCUGCACCAGCACUGGCACUAGUCCACAGCACAAGGACAAUCCAUUCAAAUCAAAGCCAUGGUCUGUAAUGGACAUCACUCAUCUGCUGGAGAAAAUGCAGAACCAGCUUCCCAAGUUGGACAAAAAAAGCUGCCUAUACACUGCCAAAAAGAUAAACUGGAAUAAGAUUGCAUUUGACAUCUUUACUGCUGAGGACUGCAAGAAAGCAUUUGAAUUUCUUCUCAGUAACAUCAAAUUAAUGAAGACGAUGACUGCGGUUAUAAAUGAGCUGAAAGAAAAAAUACCAAGUGGAAAGUUGAAAGCAAGCCUCAUCUUACAACCUCGACAGCAAUUUGUGAGGGAUUUUGCUGAUAAGAAUAAAGGGUUGGUGUCUGGGAUUGAUUUAUUUGCUGCAAGUGCUGAAGCAUGGAAGAAACUGCCACCAGAAGAGAAGGAGCAGUACAAAAGGGACUACAUUUUGGCCAAGGAAAAGGAGAUUGCUCGCAUGUGUGGUGAUGAGCCUCCUGUGCAACCCAGGAUUCCCUUUGAACUGUAUUAUGAAGAACUGUGCAAUAAGAAAGGGAAGAAGAACCUAGAUCUGAAGGCCACUGCUAGGAAGAAAUACAAGAAUCUAGGUCCAAAGAAGAAACUGAAGUAUAUUUCAUUGUCAGCCAUUGAAUUAUAUACCUUUGAGCUUCAGGCUGCUAAAUAUCUUGUGAAGCAUCCAGACUGGACUGUUCCAGCACGGAAGGGGCCAAGCAAGGAGGACUGUGAGAUGUAUCUUAGAUCUUUAGGUAUGCCCCUUCGUCCUCCAAACAGAGCCAGCCUUCUGUAUUACCAUCAAAAACUGAAGGAAGGCAAGUUUGACAACAUUCCUGGUACUAGACGUCUCUUUCAUGCCACUGAACAGUUCAGAAAUCUUUCUGAUAAUAAGAAAAGAAAGUACAGGGAGAAACAUAAGCAGAUGGUUCAAGAAUACUCGGUAGAAUAUGAAAAUUGGAGGAAAAGUCAGAAUGAUGUUGUGCAGAGCCUUGCAGACAGUUUUUUGGGCAGAAAGCAAGUCUUACCCCCUGGCACACUGUGCUGGCUUCAGGAAUCUUCCAGGAAGAGAGAAGAAGCAGUACUCAGUGAAUCCAAAUUGGAGAGAAAAGACACCCUCUGCUGGGAAGCAAGAUGGUCUUGUUGCAGGCAACAGUCAGAAUGUGAGCCUGCUGAAUUCUCAGAUAACAAGAAUCUGCCCUCUUCAGAAAUGCAGAAAUUGAGACAGAUCUGUAAACAGGAGGUUUUUUUCAAUGUUGACCAACCACUGGAAGCAAGGAUGGAGAAAAUCAUGCUCAUGUUAAGUGGAUAUGAGUACCUCCCCAGCAAAAUUAGGCAGAAUUUUGAUAGUACAUUAAAGAAGUGGAAGUACACUCUUCAGGCAUCCAUCAUCAAUGAUGUGAGGCGGCUGGGCACAUAUGAGCAGCAGGAGUUCCUCUUGAAAUACAGGUCUGUGUGCAAGCGCUUUUUUAAGUGUGACAUCUUCUCUGUGUUUGACACUGACAAGUAACCAAAGUUCCAUUACUUAUAGGUGAGCAAUGCAAAUGUCUUUGUUGUAUGUGCAUACAUCGGAUAAUACUCUUCUAACAGGGAUGGGUUAAUAUAAUGGAUAGAUUAUGAUCUCAAGAUAAGAAUACUAGAUGAUCUCACUCAAGGCUACAAGUAUAUAUACAAGUAUAGUAAUAGAAUAUCAAAUGUUUAUUUCUGUUGAAGGUAGUAUACAAGAGCUAUAAACAUUUAGGGAAGACAUUUGUUAAGAAAAUAUUAAUUUAGUUAAGUGAAGAAAGCUCCCCUCAUUGGCUUUGCAAGAAAACAAUAUUUUCAGUAUGUACAUUUACUAAAGCUUUUAUGUGAUGAAAAGUCAACAUUGAUCAAUAUUGUAUUUAUAGUGAUAA